AUGGAUGACAACCAUCUUCGAGUUGUUUUGAAAAUACACAAGCGAUCUUCCUUGGAGGCCUCUCCGUCACGGACUUGGAAGACGCAGGAGAUUUCCACAGACCCCUCAGUCCCCAAUCCCAAGAGACAACGAACGAAGGCUAUAAGCGAAGAGCAUAGUCUAGUAAUCCCGUCGCCGCCAAAACCUGAUUCAAAAGGGGCAUCACCACCUGCUGAUGAAACGUUCUCGGACAGCGGAAUAACGGACUCGAGACCGUCAGGGCAGACAUUUUCAGGCAAUGAAAAUAAAUCUUCCUUGCCACUCAAAGACGGAAAGAAACCGCUGCCAGAGAAAGCGCUCUGUGAGGUUUUGGACAAACUGCAAAAGAAGGACUUGUACGGCGUGUUCUCUGUUCCAGUGAAUCCUGUUGAGGUUCCGGACUAUUUUGACGUCAUUUCUCACCCCAUGGAUUUCAGCACAGUGAGGGAAAGGGUUGCGAAGAAACUUUAUACGUCAUGGGACCAAUUCGAGGAUGACGUGUCGUUGAUCUGGAAGAAUGCCAUGAUCUAUAACGCCGAGGGGACCAUUUAUUACAAGCAGGCUAAGGCUAUGCAAGGAAUUGCUCAGAAGAUUUUCCCAGCAGCAGGUUCCAACGAACUUUACCCAAGAUCUGGUUUUGGAAGGGGAUUUCGAGGUCGUGGAAGGGGAAGAGGUCAACCCGGUCGUCCAAAAAGAAUCCCUCUAUCUGAUCCUGCGCAGAAGGACACUCAGGCCGGUCGACGAUUUCUGGGCCAGAGAAAGGAGGCCGUUCCGUUGGUGGAUGACAAGCAAGAUCGUUUGGUGUUUGGGAUGGACGAGCGAUCGGAGGUAUCACUGUCAGAGGACAUUCCGCAGUCUAAGCCUGCACAGGGGAUAUUGGGGAAAAUCACGGAGAAAGGGGAACCUAGCCAGAGCCAGCCGAGAUCAAGUUACCUAGGAGGCGAUGAUUCUGGAAACAAAGUGUCCCGGUUGAAGAACUACAAAGUCUGCCGUAGAGCAACAUCCCCAAGUGGCGGGAAGCACCUGUCUUUCCGCUCCUGGAGACAGUCAAGGUCUUGUCAGACAAGCAGAAGUUUAGUCCCCGAGAGCUUCUCCCUGUCCUAUUCUGUGGAUCAGCACCCUCUUGCUUACGCCCAUAGCUUAGCCCGAUUUGCGUCGCCCCUUGGCUCGUUGGUUUGGGAAGUCGCUGCAGAGAAAGUCAAGCAGACCCUCCCUCCGGAAGUUCCUUUUGGUAGAGGAUGGAUCGGCCAGGAUGACCCCUUGCAGUCAUUGCAGUCAUUGAAUCUGGAGGGCGAGUCGGCGAGGAGUGCGUUGAGAGGCCAGAAGGAGGGGGUCCUUGACGUCUCCGUGGAUGAUGUAAAGCAAGCCUCAAAGCAACCUCCUCCCCCGUCGGCCGGUCAAAACGAGGAUGCGGGACCGUGGACCGUAGCGAACGACUACCCCGAAGAUUACGUCCUCGUGUCGACGGAUCCGGAAGAUCUCGAGGCGACGCUGAAGCGAAUCGCGGAGGAGAAUGCGGAGCUCAAGAGGAGGGUCGAGGAGGCGACGGCGUUGGCGACGGCGCAAGCGGCGCACGCUGCUGGGGAGCGCAAGGCGGGGGUUGACGUCACCCGGCCAAGGGCGGGUGCUGUGGCUCCGUCUGCUCCGCCACCAGACGUCGCAGCGGUGAUCGCUGCGACGUCUGCGACGCCUGCGACGGCUGCUGCUCCUGCUGUGGCGCCUCCUCCCCCGUCGCCAUCGCCUGCUGCUCCUGCUGAAGAGAAGACUACGCCAGCCGCCGCUUCCGCCGAAUCGCCGGGCGAUUUAGCGACGGCAUCGCAGCGGAACGCGGAGCUGGAGAGGGACAGGGAGAGCGCCAAGAACGCGGCGGAGGGGAGCGAUGCGCCGAUCAAGAAGACUGAGAACCCCAUGAGCAUUGUCUUCGUGGCAUCCGAGGUGGCACCCUACUCCAAGACAGGAGGCCUUGCUGACGUCACAGGCUCGCUCCCAUUGGCUCUGGCGGCACGUGGCCACCGUGUGAUGGUGGUGGCGCCUCGGUACAUGAACGGCGUCACGGACAAGCUUUAUGCUGGCGCGUUCGAUUGCCAGUGCCGCAUCAAGUGCUUCCUCUUCGAAGGCGAGCACGAGGUGGCCUUCUUCCACGAGUUCCGCGAUGGAGUUGACUUCGUGUUUGUGGACCACCCGUCGUAUCACCGCCCAGGCACGCCCUAUGGCGACUCCAGAGGGGCGUUCGGCGACAACCAGUUCCGGUUCGCUCUGCUGUGCCAUGCGGCAUGUGAGGCACCGCUGCAGUUGCCGUUUGGAGGAUUCACGUACGGGGAGAAGGUGGUGUUUGUGGCCAACGACUGGCAUGCCGGACUUGUGCCUGUCCUCGUGGCAUCCAAGUACCGCCGUUAUGGAGUCUACAAGGACGCGCGCACCAUCAUCGCCAUUCACAACCUGGCCCACCAGGGAGUUGAGCCCGCAUACACCUUCGGCAGCCUGGGCGUGCCGGGGGAGUGGUACGGGGCGCUGGAGUGGGUGUUUCCCGAGUGGGCGAGGAAGCACGCGUUGGACAAGGGCGAGGCAGUCAACAUCCUCAAGGGCGCGAUUGUCACUGCUGACCGUGUUCUCACCGUCAGCCAGGGGUAUGCAUGGGAGAUCACGACAGGCGAGGGCGGAUGGGGCCUGGAUGGGCUACUGAGAGGAAGAAGCAUCGUGCUCAAUGGCGUAACGAAUGGCAUUGACACAGUCGACUGGAACCCAGCCACGGACAAGCACAUCCCCUCACAGUUCACAGCAGAGGACCUGGAGGGCAAGGCGGAGUGCAAGGCAGCACUGCAGAAGGAGCUGGGUCUCGCCGUGCGCCCUGAGGUGCCUUUGAUUGGCUUCAUCGGGCGCCUGGACUGGCAGAAGGGCCCGGACGUGAUUCAAGCAGCGCUGCCUGAGCUGAUGACAGACAACGUGCAGUUUGUGAUGCUGGGCAGUGGGGAUCCCGACCUAGAGGCAUGGAUGAAGUGGGCAGAGAGCGCUUACCCCGACAAGUUCCGAGGCUGGGUGGGCUUCUCCGUGCCCAUGGCCCACCGCAUCACUGCCGGCUGCGACAUUCUCCUCAUGCCGUCGCGCUUUGAGCCGUGCGGGCUGAACCAGCUGUAUGCAAUGCGGUACGGAACGGUGCCAGUGGUGCACGCAACAGGCGGGCUGAGGGACACGGUGGAGGAUUUCAACCCGUUUGCCAACGGGGGUGCGGGAGCCGGCACUGGGUGGUCCUUCUCCCCCCUCACCAAGGAAGCCAUGAUGGGGGCACUGUGGACGGCCAUCCAGACAUUCCGCGAGUACAAGGACUCGUGGCAAGGCCUGAUUCAGAGGGGCAUGACUCAGGACAUGUCGUGGAACAGGGCGGCACAGCAAUACGAGCAGAUCUUUGACUGGGCCAUGCAGGACAAGCCAUAUGCAUAG